AUGGCGUCGUUGAACCUGUCCAUCAACGGCCCAUCCAUAAAAAGCAGCUACAAUAGCGUGGUAAAUGGCCCUGCUCCCGCGGGUGUCUCGGCCACCCUUGCACAGUGGGCGCUCUUCGCCGUCCAGGCUCCCUUGAUGAACGCUUUUCAAGAUAGCGGUUCCAAGGAGAGUAUCCUCAAGGUUGAAAACACAGGAGGUGGUGAACUGGCUGAUUUGCUCGAGGAUUUCAACGAAGGCCGCAUUCAGUUCGCUUUCGUCAAGGUCAAGGACCCCAACACAUCUCUGCCCAAGAAUGUCCUCAUUGCAUGGUGUGGUGGCGGCGUUCCUGAGCGCACCAAGGGUUACUUCACGAGCCAUCUCAAUGCUGUGGCCAACGUCCUUCACGGAUACCACGUCCAAAUAACCGCGCGCUCUGACAGCGACCUAGACCCCGAAUCAAUUAUGCAAAAAGUCGCUGAUGCUUCUGGAGCCAAAUACUCUGCUGGUGCUUUUGGUGGCCUUGCUCGAGCCGCGCCUCCCCCAGUCAAGUCAAAGCCGGUUUUCACUCCGACUUCUUCCAGCACCGGCAGAGAAUUCGAUCCUCUUGUUGCUGCGCGCUCCCGGAGAGACGACAAUGCUGAUGAGGAAGGAUGGGGUGUCGACGCACCCCCGGUCACGAGAACUGAGAUUGAAAGGGUCGAACCUGCCUAUAAGCCUACGAAAGUCAACAUGGCGGAACUCACAAAGCAGCAGCCAGAGCCCUCGCGAUUUGAUGGUAGCAGUCGACAGUCUGACGGACCUAGCGAUGUUGUAGGAGGAGGAUAUCAGCCUGUGGGCAAGGUAGAUAUUGCCGCUAUUCGAGCUGCUGCGCAGAGAAAAGAAGACGACAGGCCCACCCCGGUCAAGGGCGCAUAUGAGCCAGUUGGAAAGGUAGAUAUUGCAGCUAUCAGAGCCAGAGCCCAAAAGCCUGCCGAACCGCGGGAAGAGAAAGUUGCGGCGCAGCCCAAACCCCUAGCUGACAGAGACGCAGCCCUUUCUCAACCUGUGCAGUCCGAGAGAAUAACAGCAUUGCCCAAGCCCAAGGUUGCUAAUAAGUUUGGAGGCGCCUCCACGUUUACCGGCACAAAAGCACCAAACCCAGGAGGUUUAGGUUUUGCCGGCCCAGCACCUUCUACCGCCGCGCCCGUUGGGUCUGCCAGUCGAACAUUUGCUGACCAAGGGGGCAAAACUCCAGCACAGCUUUGGGCUGAAAAGAAGGCUAGAAAGGGAGGAUCACCUAUUGGGUCUAGAUCUUUACCUGCUGCCCCAGUAUCAGUUACGGCUCAGGCAAGUGGAGGACAAGGAUGGAAGAGCGGCUAUACUGGAAAGUCUUGGUCUGUCCAAGCACCUGGCUACUCGCGUGAUGGACCUGUCGAAAACGAACAACAACAUGGGGACGAUCGUCAAAGAGGGCCUGCAGACGAGGCUGAUGAUUCUGCUUCAGGCGUGUCUGCUCUGAGAGAUCGUUUCAAGGACGCUUCACUAAUCGGCCCAGCAUCUACACCUCCAGAUGAGCAAUCUGCUCCCCCUCCACCUGUUCCCGAUAACUCUAGGCCAUCCGGCGGCUUCGCUCUUCCCAGCCUUCCCAGUAGACCCUCCCCGACUGAUGGAGAGGAAGAAGAAGCGGACGGCCAGCCGACUACUUAUGAGCCCAGUCAGCAAAGAGAACCAUCGCCAAUUCGGGUGGCGGCGCCUGUCGCUCGCGCUCCAGAGCCCGAGCCUGAACUUGAGGAAGAACCCGAGCCCGAGCCCGCACCUGAACGACGACCUCUCCCCCCUGCCCUUCCUAACCAGGAACCAGAACCUCCGAUUCCAGAAGUUGGUGGACCGGCGGAGCCGGAGCCGGAGACGGAGGCAGACCAUGGGGCUGCUGCAGAAGGCCACCGUGCAGUGAUUAUGUACGAUUAUGAAAAGGCUGAGGGCAAUGAAAUUGACCUGAUGGAAGGUCAGAUCGUUAUCAACAUUGAUAUGGUAGACGAGGACUGGUGGAUGGGCACGAAUCACCUGGGAGAGAGCGGGCUAUUCCCCAGCAAUUAUGUCGAGCUGAUCAAGGGGGAGACCGGCGCCACCCCAGCAGCAGCUCCAGCGGCUGGGGAAGCACCGUCGGCAUCCUCGCUCGCAGCUCGUGCAGUUCCAAGCGCACCUGCGACGGCCAAGCCAACUGCCACAGCUUUGUACGACUAUGAGGCGGCGGAGGAUAAUGAAUUGUCAUUCCCGGAAGAUGCCAAAAUUACGAACCUCGAGUUCCCUGAUGACGACUGGUGGUUUGGUCAUUACGGUGGUCAUGCGGGCCUUUUCCCAUCCAACUACGUGCAGGUGGACCCCAAGGCUUGA